UGAUGUACACAACUCUGAUGAAAUGGAGCAAUGGUUAUGCUCCAUGCCCUAAGAUGCUGGAGAUGCGGCUGCUGUGCUUGGAGAUUUAUGAAACUCGCGUGGAUCUCAUUAAGAGUGUCAUAAAAGAAGUAGCCGGCAUGGCCAGUUUUGCCAGCUUCCUGCCGCUCUCCAACAGGAUAUGCAUUGAGUUGGCUCCACCCAGCAGCAUCGCAUCGGUUCUGGAAAAGAUUAAGAUGAGAAAGGAAUCAUCCAAGAAUUUUUGGUGCAAGGUUGGACGUGUUGAGUGUGUGAUUGAUCUCAAGAAGCGUCUGAGCGAGGCUAGUGAGAUCAAGAUAAACCUUGAAACGGACGCAUCAGGACUCAACACUGAACCUCCAGCCUUGGAAACAGAAAAACAUCUGAUGCCAUGUGAGGAGGAUGGUGCUUCUGCUGCCCCAGCAGCCAUCACUGAAUCUGCAAUGCCUGAAACUAAAUCAGAACUCAGCAACAAACUACCUGAACCUCCCAAAGCUGAAAUCGCCUCAACAUCAGAAGAAAGUCAGCCCUGUGAGAACAGUCUCAUUGUAGCAGUUCCUGAUAAGAAGAGCCAAACCAGUCCAGAGUCAGGAUCUGUCAGCAGUGUUUCAGUAGAGUCCGCUGAGGCCUCUUCAUCUGUCAGAACUGAGGCAACAGCUCAGGAACUGGUCCAAAAGGAGGCGGAUGGUUUAGACUUCUGUCUGACUCCUGGAGAGAGGAUAGGAAGCCUGCUGCAUCCUCAGAAAAUCUGCUGUUUUCCCCAUCAUGUCAUCAUGUCUCCAAAAAUUUUUUCAUUUCAGACAAGACUUUUACUGAUAACCAACCUGCCACAGUACCAGGAUGGCUGCUACACUGAGAGCGGCAUCAGCAAUCUGCUUUGCAAAUUUGGGUUUCAAUAUGAGGAGAAAAACAUGUAUGUGAUUCCUCAGGCCCGCAUGGCUUUUGUUCUUAUGCCCUGUUAUCGUAAAGCAAGAGAAGCCUUUUUGGCUGCAAAAGAUGGCUUGAGUCUCAAUGGAUCUAAGCUUGGUGUGGAGAUCAUCAGCAACGGGAUUAUUAUGAUACCUUUCGGAUUUUAUAAAUCCCUGAUGUUAACAAUCAACAAUCCAGUGCAAAACGAUGGGAGCAGUACGAUCUACAUCCACAACAUCACAAUGAAGGAGACCAGGGAGCUCAGAGAAACACUAAGGAAAAUGGACUCUGUUAAAAACUUCCUUCCUCUGCUCAACAAGGUGUUUAUUGAGUUCAAGUCUGCUCUUGAUGCUGAUUUGUUCGGAAUUCGGUUCAGCCUUCUAAAGAAUCGCCCGCCACAUAACAUCUACAGGAUGAAACUUUCCAAAACAUCAUCAUCACCACCACGGCUAGCUAUACCAGACCUCAGAGAUUUGGUUGUUGGACCAGUCCUCCCUCUGACUGAUGAUGGCGUUCCAGAGGGCAGCACGGCGCCAUUUUUUAUCACCAUGGCAACUGCUCCCUUUCUCUUCCCCACAACGUUUCUUUGCUACAUCAUUCCAAAAUUUAGGACGAUCAGUACGGAGGAGGACCUGUCGACAUCGGAGUCAGUGGCCUCAAAGUUCUCCACUGUUAUGUUGACGGGUUUACCUGAAGCCAACUUCAAACACCAGGAUGUCGCUAAGCUGGUGUGGGAAUAUCUUCCUCAGCAGGAUCUUCAGACUCUGUUCUACAGCAUCGUGGUUCUACCUCUGCAAAGAAGGGCUUUUGUGUUCUUCAACCACUGGCAGUCAUGCCAAGGUUUUGUCAAAGAUUUCAUGAAAAAGCAAUUUUCCCUGAGAGGAAGCAAGCUGCACAUCCACCUGGUCUUAGAGGACAUGCAUCCUGGAUCCAGUGAGGACACAAUGUACCAGACUCUGAUGAAAUGGAGCAAUGCUCACGUCCCAGAGCUCCAGUGUCUGCAGGAGCGGCUGGUGUGUGUUGAGCUCUCUGAGACCUCUGUAGACCUCAUCAACUGCAUCCUAAAAGCAGUGGCCAACAUCUCUCCCAUUGUCAACUUCCUGUCACUUGCUAACAGGUUAUGCAUCGAGAUGGCUGAAUCUAGUGGAGUAAACCUGGUGGUUUCAAGGCUACCAGAUGCAGCUAAAGCCUGGAAUAAUGUUCCACGUGUUGAAUCUGUGAGUAGCCUAAAACAGCGUCUGAAAGACUGUGGCGGGACUAAACUAGGUCUUGAUCUGGACACCAAAGACAUCAAUGCUAAAACUUCAGCUACAAAGAGUGGACCGUCUCCUAAUGCUCCUAUUGAAAAACAAACCCUACCUACUGUUCAAGGAGAUCUGAUGACUGAGAAUUUGGCUACAAAUGGAUCUGGAUCAGAGGAAAAGAUCAAAAACUCUGAGCCCAAUGUUCAGAGGGACAUUUCACCAAACAGUCUGGAUUCCUGUGGGAAAGAUGGAGGAUCAACAGUGGUUGAAAGAGAGACGACUGAAAGUAGAAAUGAGAAAUGUCCUGAGAAGAACCAACAGGUUCCAAAUGUUUAUGUUGAGAAUGUAGCUGAAUCCAAAGGAGGAGAAACUGCAGAUGAAAAACCCACAGAGAGUCCGAUACCAAGCGGCACAGUUCAGACUGAGGCAUCUAAACCUCCAAAUGAUCCACAUCAUAGCCCAGAGACCAACUCAGAAACCCAGCAGAGCUCUGUGGAAGAAGCUCCUGCACAGGUCCAGAGCAGCAUGAAGCUGAAGCCAGAAGAUCUGAAGACCAAAACCAACAUUUCAGCAAACUCUGAUCUUAUGGAGAAUCAGAAGAAACCAGCAUCUUCUGCAGAGAUUGAAGCGAAGAUGAAAUCCUCAGCAGUAGAGAGAGAAUCAGAGCCCACUGCUGCAGCCCCUUCAAAUGAAGCGUCUGCUCUGACUCCUGGAGAGAAGAUGCAGCAGUUUUUGAAACCAUCUGUGCUCCGUCAGUUUGAUAUCAAGACCAUCUUGUCCCCUGCGUUCUUGUCUUUCAAAAUUAUCCUUGCGAUAAGUCGCCUUCCACCGUACCACAACGAGUGUUACACCGAAGCAGACGUCAUCAGUCUGCUUAAGGGGUUUGGAAUCAGUUGUAAAAGAGAUCAACUCUUCAUCGUUCCUCAGUCGCAAAUGGCUUUUUUCAUCUCCCCAAAUGUGAAAGAGGUGCAACAUUUCUUCCAAGUGUUGCCGUGGACAAACAUCGUCUUCAAAGGGUCCAAACUUUUUUUCCACGUCAUCAGAGGCCUUGCCUCAAUGAGUUUGUUUAAGUUUUAUGGAUUUCUGAUGUCCUUCGCUCACCCUCAAAAACAGCAGAUGACGUACGACACAAGAAAUAUCGUUUUUUUUAACAACAUGUCGCCGAGCAAAGCCAAAGGUCUGCCAGAAGCUUUGAAAAGAGUUGUGCGAGUGAGAAAUUACCUACCACUGCUCUCCAAGGCUUUUGUUCAUUGUGAAAACGCUUCGGAUGCCAAUCGACUGGCAGUUUGGUACAUGUCCUGGAAAGGUCCCAGUUCUCCUAAUGGUCAGCAGACAAAGAAAAAUGAAAUGUUGAAUUCUCCGAAAGAGCCGACUCCAGCAGCAGUGGCAGCUUCGCCUCUCAGGGAGGACAUCUCAACCGGAGCCAGCGUCCAGAGGAAAGACCCAUUGCCCAUUCCAGAGGGAAGCGAGGGCCCUUUCUGGAAUACCACAAAAACAAGUCCUUACGUGCUUCAAACUGCAUCUCCUUAUUUCAACAUCCCAGCUUAUCAGACCGUCAAUAAGAAGACGUAUAUGGAGAUUUCUAAGCAACAUUUGAAGUUCCCCAUCAUCAUGUUGACGGGGUUUCCAAAUAAAACCUACACACAAGAGGAUGUGGCUUUGCUGGUGUGGAAGUAUUUCCCUGAACAGAACCUUCACACUCUCUACAACAAUGUUGUGGUUUUACCACUCCAGAGAAGGGCUUUUGUGUUUUUCAGCAGCAGCGACGAUUGCCAAAGAUUUCUUCGAGAUCAGAACACAAAUCCAGUUUAUUUAAAAGACUUUAUUCCUAAGAUUCAUUUAGUCUUGGAGGAUAUUCACCUUGGAUCCAGUGAGGUGUCCAUGUUUAGGACUCUGAUGCAAUGGAGCAAUAUUCUUGUUCCAGAUCUGAAGUCUUUGGAGGAGCGGCUGCUCUGUGUGGAGGUUUCAGGGACAAACCAGGAGAUUGCAAUGAUGGUGAUGAAGAAAGUGGCGACAUUGGCUAGUUUUGCCAGCUUCCUGCCGCUCGCCAACAGGAUUUACAUCGAGAUGGCAGAGUCCAGCGGAGUAUUAAAGGUGAUGCAAAACUUAUCCGUGUGCAAAAUGUCUGAGCAGCAUGAAGCUUGGAGGCAGGUUGGACGCAUUGAACGUUUAUUAAGUCGAAAGGAGCGUCUGAAGGAGUGUCAGAAGACUGCAGUGAACCUUGAGCGUGACGCCAUCAGUGUCUCUACAGAGGCCGCAUCGCUGAGAGCUCCAUCAGAGUCGCCUCAGCUGGCGUGCAGACGGAUGGAAGAGGAAGCAGCAGCCAGUGCUGAUCUUCCAAACCCAAGUUUGCUUCCAUCAGAUAAAGAACCAGAAAGUCCUCAGUUUGACUUGGCUUCUUUGAAUAAACUAAAAACCAUCAUUCUUCAAUUCAAACAUCAACGAGAGAGCUCCACUCUGAGCAAGCAGAUUUCCACUGAAGAAAGAAGCGACUCUGAAAGCUCCUCCUCCUCUGAGCAGACCAACAAAGAAAUGAAGAAUUCACAUUCAUCAUCUUUAAGAGGAGAUAACCCAGAGUAUAGUAAAAACUGCAAGACCUCCAACUCAUUUUCUCUGUCAGCAAACAGCAGCUCCUCAUCUUCUUCAAAACCCGCUAAACCUUUGGCAUCCUCAGGUCGACUGACUCGUUCAUCAUCAUCAUCAUCAGCUGCUAAGACGUCUGUAGAAACUAAGAAGUCACAGGAAAAGGAACCAAAACCCACAGACACCUGGAAGGGGACAGAGGUCAGAGGUCAGCACAGCUGAAACCCCAAAUUCAAGACUGGAAAAAGAGGCGGUGGUCUGUGAGGACGCUGUUAAAGACCAAUCUGAUGCAAAAGGACCUUUUAUACCAACGACCACGUCCGCCAAACGAGAUCAGACCAAUGAGGACAAAACGGCGUCUAAUACAACAGCUGCCGCCGUGAGAACUACGAGACAAAAAAGAAAAAUAACUGAGAGAGACUCUUUAGUUGAAAGAAAAGAUGAGACUCCAACAAAGAAGAAAACUAUCUGAGGAGGAUUAUUUUAAACAGAACGCAGAGAAAACAGAAGAAACUAAAGACGUCAAACCAGUCAGACGUGACAAGAAACCACAUUAGCACCUUUUUUGCCUUCAGGACAAUCUUACCUUUGCACACAGAUUUUCUUUUACCGUUCUUGAAAAAACAUUUCAUUCAUAAGCGGAAAAUGGUUUUCUAUGUAUAUUUUAUGUGUAUAAUUAAGGCAGUGAUGUACAAAUUCAUGGUUUCUCUGGGUUUUUUUUAUUUUUUCUCCAGCAUGCGAAAUCAUUUUUAUCUUUUUUCAUUUCUUCUGUCAGUUUUAUUGGAACCAGAGUCUUUCUUUUAGAUUAAAAUAUACCUUUAAAAAAAAAAAAAAAAAAAAACUUAUAUUUUUUGUGUUUUUAAAAAGCUAACCCUGAAGCACACGGCUAUAUAAACACUAGACAGUUGGGAAAAUGCUGGGAAACAAUUUUGCUCUGCAUUAUACAUCAGCUUCCCUACAUGUGAUGUCACUUAUAAUGAACUAGUUGUUAAAUUGCUAAAGAUUGUUAAAAUACUACUCUUUUUUUUUUUUUUUUUUGUGACCUAGCCUCUAAAAGUUAACUAAACAUUAUCAAAUGUAAUUAUCCUUUAACCUCAUUGUUUUGAACAUGUUUCAGUUAGUUUUUCACAGCUCAUAAAUUUCUUUGAAAUGCAGCCAAUCAAGGUCACAUGAGUUCUGUAUUUUUAGGUCAGUUUGUUCUUUAUCUUAUAAAAACAUGCAGGCAACUGGAA